AACUUCUUCACACUUCAGGCCAAAUCGCUCACUUGACAUGUGCUUCUCUGCACUCCGUUCAUACGCGUCCAAUUAAUGCAGCUUCUCUAGACGAGAAAAGGGAACUUACAGCAUGGGAGCAUCUUCCUCUGGGCUUCUGGAUGAGGCCAAAAUCAACCACAUCAAAGGACUCGUUGACAGCACCUUUCAGAGCUUCAGUGGGUUUUACAGGCAGCAGUACUCUGUAACUUACCUUGGACACAUUCAUCAGGAGGUGGAGCCUAAGAAAGAGGGCAAGGGCUUUUUGCUUAAAAGCAGGCCUAAGACUGAUGGAGAGGAGGUGCUGUACCAGGGAUGUGUUAAAUUCUCCUGCUGGGAGGAGCAGGGAAAGAAAUCCAGAGAGAGAUAUGUUGUCCUUAAGAGUGACUACAAAGUGGAAAUACAUGAUAGCACAGAGACUUUUAGUCGUGGAUCUGCACCUAAACUGGUCCUGCAGCCAGCAGGAGGAGUCGUGUUCACCAGUGAGGAAGAGUCAAGGGUUCACCUGGAGAAGACCUGCGCAGGAUUACUCAAUGGGGUGAAGGAGGAUUCUUCGUCGACGGCAUCGUCUACAGAUGCGUUUGCCGUAUAUCUUCAUCUGCCCUUCACAGGUCACACCUGCUUCCUGUUUCAACAAAAAGAUGAAAGAGAUCACUUCCUGUCUGGCCUCAAGGCCAGCAUCAGACACCGCAACCUUGACCCCUGGCAUGAUUCGUCCCACGAGAGCGAAGCAUACGCCCGAGCCCUCCGUCUCUACCGACGGGAGAAAGGAUGCUAUGAAUCCUGGGAGAAGCUGCUGGGAACCGAAGAACAGGUGCUGGCCCGCCAGGUGAUGGAGGAUGUGUUGUCAUGGUUACAAAGCCAGCUUCAGUCUAAGGUUAAGGGAAAGAAGACUGAGCGGAUUCGACAAUGGCAGGCGACAGUUCAGGGGACCUACAGUCUGGUGCUGGAACAGCUGACUGCAGGUUUGGAGGCUCUGAGGGAGGAGUGUCGCCAAACUGCAUCAGCCAGUCAGGCCCUAAUCAGGUCCAACCUGGACCAAAUCAUGUCCUCUCAUGACUACCUGGGGAUGAAAGUCAGAGCGUGCAUACUGGAAGAAGCAGAGAAAGUGUGCGGUGAGUGUGUGGUGCCCUACUUGUCGUCCAUCCUCGAAGCGCUUACCGAACACAUCGGGGCAGGGAUUCUUGGGAUGCAGGGCGCACUGCGAACCCGCAUGAACGCUGCCUUUUCACUUACAAACGAAAAUACGGAGGACACAAAAAAGGCCUUGACCAGUCUGCGCUCUGUCAGUCUGGAAGAGAGCUACCGCAAGGUGGAGAACCUGAGCGAGAAACUGGAGAACUUAAAACAGAGGUUCGGACUGAGCAGCGUGGAGAGGCUGGUUGACUCUGCAAAUCUGGAGAUGGAGCAGCUGCUGGAUAGCGCCGUUUACACUCUGGAGGAGUUCUUCCAAUCUUUAAGCAAACAGCAACCGGCUCAGCUUUCUGACAAGAUGGAGAGAGCUAAAGAAAGAGUAUUUAAGCAGCUGGACUACGACAGCCGAGUGGUGCAGAGACGGCUGUAUCAGGAAGCGCUGCUGGAGAUCACUCUGCCCUCUCUCAUCAGUAGGAUGGACAGCAAGUACAAAGCAGAGCUCCAGCAGUUCGAGCAGUACAUCUUCUCUGACUACAGUGGUUUUAUUCUGGUGCACAACGUCUACGAUGAUGUUCUGAGGAACAUCCUUCACAGUGAGAUACAAAAAGUGGUCCAGGACGCUGCCAGUAAGAAGAGUAAUAAUCUCCUGCUGGACACGUCGGAUCUAGCCAUUAGUCAGUACAGUCUACCGGGACACACGCCUCCUGUCUCUGCCCCUGACAGCCCGACAGUUCAGCCUCGACACUCGGAGGAGAAGGAGGAGGCCCAAAGUGCCAAUGCAGAAACUGCUGCUGCUGCGAAGGAGGAAGAUCAGAGCAAAACCCCCGACGUUUGCCCUCAGAGCGAUGCAGAACUUAAAGAUGACCCCACAGGUGACCCCGGUCCAGCUCAGUCUCCAAAUCCGAGCCCUCUGAUCCAGUCUCCGCUGAUUGUUGUGACGCAGCAGCCCGACGAACACGACACCAAAGUGGGUCAGUGCUUGAGGGAAACCGGCGAAGAGGAUAAAGGCGGAAGCGAGGCAGGAGCAGCAGCAACAGACACAACAGCAGUCCAACCGUCCAACAUGGAGGCCGCGGUCACACAAGAAGUCGAGAAGACUGAUUCUGGGUCCGUCGUCCAGGACCCUCUUGAUCCAGGUCCUUCUGUCCCGAUCCAGACAGCUGAAUCUCCUCUGAGCGGUGAAUCCGCAUCGCCUGAAAAUCCAGUCACACCUGAGCUCUCCACCUCAGAACAAGCUUCAGAUCAAGCGUCGACGGAGACCGGCUCUGUCCGGCCUCCGUCGACGCCUCCGUCGCCCAGCACAGAUAGUCCUCUGAAAAUCAGCCUGGGGUCACUGAGCGAAGCCAUUGUACCAUGCUCCACGGAGCCAGCGGUGCAGCAGAUCACCGACAGGGCAGUCUACUUGACGGGCCAAAUCAAGGACGACUGGGAGGUCGAGAGAGCGAAAGAAACGGAGAAACAGAGAAAAGCAUCGGAAAACGAGGAGAAGGAGGCCAGAGAUGAGGAGACGGACGAGGGGGAACAAGAAGGUGUCGUCCAGACAGGAGGAGAUCCUGUCAGUGAACCGUGUGCAUCAGUGGCAGCAGAGAGCGCCCCUGUAUUAACGCCUAAGCUGACAGGGAAUGAAGAAGGUCCGGAUGAUGACCAGAGAGGCGGUGAGAUUCAAGAAGACGCUGCGGUGGAGGCAGCAGAGGAAGGAGAGCACACAGAAGAAAAGGAAGACAACGAUCAGAAGGGGGAAGAUCCCCAAAGUUUUCAGCCAACGGAACCACAGCCAGAGACGGAUCCUGAUCCCCAGCUGCUGGACAGCGUGUCCAUCAUCAGGGACCUGGUGACUGAGAUCAUUGAAGUGGAGACGAUAAUCGAGCCCUGUGAAAGCACCGGCGGCGCUCCACCCUUCACAUAAACGUGGCAGCAACGUCCACGAAGUGUGACCGACAGACGGAUCAACAGCGAUUAAAACAAUACACGCGGCUGUAAAUGAGACAGAAAGCAGAGGUCAAAUGGUUCACGAUGCAGUCAAUAAAAUUUGGAGGAUUGAAAAUAUAUUUUAUUUAAUUUGUUAUUUUAUUCGGUUUACCUGUGCUGUUUUUAUACUGUAUUCAAGUUGCCAAAUAAACAUGUUUAAAUUGC